AUGCAUCGCCGUACGCUGGCAAGCAGGUUCACGCUGCAACCCAGACCAUCCGAAUGCUUCCCUGGCAACGACUUCUCCAACGGCGACAUGGAUCCUGUCCCAGUCACCUGCCGGACCUGGAAUUGGUACAGCGUCGGCGGCUUCUGGAUCUCCGAGGGCUUCCAGAUCCCCAUCCUGCAGAUGGCCGGCGCCCUCGUCGCCAACGGCCUGAGCCCUGGCAUGGCCAUGGGGGCCAUUGUCCUCGGCACCUGCCUCGUCAUGAUCCCCUGCGCGCUGACCGGCUACGUCGGCGCCAAGACGGGGCUCAACUAUCCCGUCAUGAACAGGGCGUGCUGGGGACUGCAGGGGUCCAAGUUCGCCGUCGCCGUCCGCGGCGUCGUGGCCAUCUUCUGGUGUGGUGUCCAAUUCACCACGGGGGGCGCGUGCGUGUAUCAGAUGCUCCGAGCCAUAUGGCCGUCUUUGGAUUCGCGCGUGCCAAACCGACUGCCCGAGAGCGCCAACAUCACCUCGGUGAACCUUCUGUGCUUCUUUCUCUUCGUACUCAUCAGUCUGCCGUUCUUCUAUAUGAAUGUCUCGAAACUCCGCUGGGUGUUUCUCGUCAAGAUGGUCAUGAUGCCACUGGGCGGGCUGGCCCUCUUCAUCUGGAGCGUCGUCGUGGCCAAAGGAUUUGGGCCCAUCUUCUCGCAACCCACCAACGUGUCCAGCGGCCGGACGGUGGCCUUUACCUUUGUGAGCGCCAUCUCAUCGGCUAUCGGGCCCCAGGCGACCUUUGCCCUCAACAUGGGCGAUUUCUGCCGCUACGCAAAGUCGCCCCGCGGUGCCUUUUGGUCGCAGGUCAUCAUGAUGCCCGUGUGCAUCACCUUGACCGCCUUCCUGGGCGUGACGCUUGCGUCGGCCUCCGUCGUCAUCUACAACGUCGACGCACCCCUUUGGAACCCCCUGGAUGUCGUGGCCCGGUUUGACAGCCGUGCGGCUGCCUUUUUCGUCAGCCUCAUGUUUGCUUUUGCGACACUCUGCACCAACAUUGCCGGCAAUACAGUGGCGUUUGGGAACGACUUGAUGGCGCUGUUGCCGACGUGGGUGGAUGUGCGCCGGGGCCAAUUCAUUUGCGCCGUCCUGGCCAUCUGCACCUUGCCUUGGAACAUCUUGGCGAGCAGCGCCAACUUUCUCAAUUUCCUCUACGCGUAUAGCGUCUUUCUUGGACCCAUGUGCGGCAUCAUGCUGUGUGAUUAUUGGAUCCUACGCAAGAGGUACCUUAACAUUGAGCAGCUGUACAUCCGCCACGGAUUCUACUGGUACAACAAGGGCUGGAAUCCCCGUGCGGCGGCGGCGUUCCUCGUCGCCAUUGUCCCAGGCCUGCCGGGACUGAUCAAGGCCGUCAACCCUGGCGUGGACGUCCCGGAGGGGUUUCAGAACAUAUACACCCUGAACUGGCUGGUCGGCGUCGUGGUUGCUGGCGUUUUGUAUUACGGGCUGAGUGUUUUCUUCAAGAUUCCAGCGGAAUCUCUGGUCAAAGGCUCCCGGGAGGACAAGGGCGAAGAGUGGUUAUUGACGGGCCCAGGUGUGAUUUGCGGCGUCGAGGAGGUGCAGGUAGAGAAAGGCCGAGAUGAGUAG